AUGGCAUCAUCCAUACCAGUGAAGGGGGAGAAGCUCAUGGAUGUGGGGCUAGGACAGCGGCCAAGCUGGAUAAUGAUACAGGAUUUCACCCCUAAAGGCAUUCCUGCAGCAUUUCAAAGAGGCUACUACCAGUAUUACAACAAGUAUGUCUAUGUGAAGAAAGGAGACAUCACUGGGAUUUCCAUGGUGCUGGCAGCUUAUGUGCUUCUCAGCUACUGUUGUUGCUACAGGGAACUCAGACAUGGGAAGCCAUGA